AUGGCUGAUAAUGCCCCAGCGGCGGCGGACGCCAAGAACCGCAAGAGCGAUGUCGAACACGUCGAACAAGACCUUCACAAGCCUCACAUCGAGGACGAGGAUAUUCAGCAGCAACACCCGGAAAUCUACCUCGAAGCCCUCGCGCGGUACCCGAACGAUGAAUCCAUUGACCAAGCGGACGAAAAGAGACUUCUACGAAAGUUGGAUAUGCGCAUUCUUCCUUUACUCGGAAUCUGUUACUUCUUCUACUACGUCGACAAGACCACGUUAUCGUACGCUGCUAUCUUUGGCCUGAAGGAGGGCCUCGAUCUCAAAGGCGAGGAAUACUCUUGGCUGUCAAGUAGUUUCUACUUUGGGUGGCUAAUUUGGGCCAUUCCCUCCAACCUGAUCAUGCAGCGCAGCCCGCCUGCAUGGUACCUCUCUUUCAAUAUUUUCAUGUGGGGUGUCUUGCUCAUGGCUCAAGCCGCUGCUAAGAAUUUUGCGGGCUUGUUGUCUCUUCGCAUUCUCUCGGGUGCCUUUGAAGCUAUCGCGGAUCCUGCUUUCAUGUUGAUUACUUCGAUGUACUACACUCGAUCUGAGCAGCCUUCACGUAUCUCGGCAUGGUAUGCAUGGAACGGGAUUGGUGUAGCCGGUGGUGGUCUUAUCGGUUACGGAAUUGGAAAUAUCAAGGGAUCCCUCGCUUCUUGGCGCUAUGAAUUCCUCGUUGUCGGUGCAUUCUGCGCCUUCUGGGGCAUCAUUCUGGCCUUCUGCCUGCCCAACUCUCCGCGCACAAUCUGGGGCUUCACUCACGAUGAGAAACUGAUCAUGAUUGCGCGUAUGCGCCGCAACCAGACGGGCAUAGAGCAGCGGAAGAUCAACUGGGCCCAGAUCAAAGAGGCUUAUCUCGACUACAAGACCUGGCUCUUCACGUUGCUCGGUUUUGUCUCCAACGUCCCCAAUGGCGGCAUCUCCAACUUCUCAACCCUGGUCAUCAAGGGUCUUGGCUUCGGGACGCUCGAGACGGCGCUUCUCGGCAUCCCACAGGGUGCGCUAGUCGUCAUAUGGAUCGGGCUUGGUGCCUUGGCAAACAGGUACAUGCCUGCCAACAGCCGGACGCUGGUCAGCGCAAUGUUUAUGUUGCCAACUAUUGGUGGUGCACUGGGCUUCCUCUUGGCUCCAGCAAAUGCUUAUAUUGGCCGAUUAAUCUGCUUCUACCUCACCGGAUCUUACCAGGCUUCUUUCGUCAUCUCUCUCUCCCUCAUCACAUCCAAUACAGGUGGCCAGUCGAAGAAAAUGAUCGUCUCUGGUAUGAUCUGGUUCGGCGCUUGCAUCGGCAACAUUGCCAGUCCUUUCUUUUACAAGACCGACCAAGCUCCUUCAUACCAUCUUGGCAUCGGAUCUCUUCUCGUUGCCAACUGCAUUGAGCUUGCUCUCUUCUUCGUUUUCCGGUAUGCAUUCAUCUGGGAGAACAAGCGCAAGGAGAAACAACGCGAAGAGUUGCGAGCGAGUGGCAAUUACGUGGCUGAUGAGUUGAAUGCUACUGCUUUCACGGACCUGACCGACAAGGAGAACCCUAACUUUGUUUAUGUCUACUAA